AUGGCUGGAAGCUCGACCACGUUCUUAGGACUCGAGGGUUUUCAUGUUUUCAUCACAGGGUCCGCAGGGGGGAUUGGAGGUGCUGCAGUAAAGGAAUUUCUCGCUCUUGGGUGUCGCGUCACGGCAUUUGACCGGAGAUCCAUUGAUGUCUCGAAGCUAUGUUCAACGCCAGAGCAGUCGUCGAGGCUCUUCACGACUCAGGGCGACUUGACCUCUGAAAACUCUGUCUCUGAAGCUUUCCAAGCCGCAACAGACCACUUCGGCCCCUUGAACAUCUUAAUAGCCAAUGCUGGAAUCACUGAUGAAAGCUCUCAUCCGCCAAUAUGGGAGAUCGAGGAGAGUCUAUGGGACAAGGUCAACACCAACAACAUCAAGGGCACGUUCUUAACAGUCAAGCAAUUCUUGCUCUCGGUGAAGAAGGCACAAGAAGCCCAAGGAACGGAACUUGACAACGUGUCCAUUGUCAUCACAGGUUCAGAAACUGGAAAGUUCGGCCAAGAAGGGCAUGCAGAAUAUGCUUCUGGCAAAGCAGGCUUGCAGUAUGGCCUCGUUCGCACAGUGAAGAACGAAAUUGUCCGACUGAAUUCGAAAGCUCGAAUUAAUGCAGUAGCUCCCGGAUGGGUAAACACCCCUCUCAUCGGUGACCGCUUAGACGAUCCGAGGGAGAUGUGGGCAGAAUGCCAGGCCACCGUUGCGUUGAAGAAGAUUGCACAACCUGAAGACGUAGCGCGUGCUAUGGCGUUCUUAGCUAGCCAUCGCGCUGCUGGUCAUAUCUCUGGGGAAUGCAUUUCUGUCGACGGUGGGAUGGAAGGCCGGGUUAUUUGGCGAGAGGAGCAGGUCCUCGGAAACAGCGGAAAGGAGACUAAGGUGCAAACGGUGACUAUUCCUGCUUCAUUGACUGCGGCUAAGAGGAGGCGGCGAAUGCGAAUUUGUCUCUCUGUUGACUUCGACGCCAUAUCAGGGUAUCUGGGGACUGGUCAUGAUCCCCAGAACACACUCUCCGACUACUCAGCGGGCAUUUUCAGCGCCAAUGUGGGGGUUGGCAGGCUACUGCGUCUUUUCAAAAAGCACGGUAUUUCCGACAAACUCACUUGGUUCGUCCCCGGCCACAGUCUCGAAACAUUCCCAUCGCAAGCGCGCGAGAUCGCUGAAAGUGGAGCGGAGAUCGGACUCCAUGGGUAUAGCCACGAGGGAGCAUAUGCGAUGACCGUUCAACAGGAGAAAGACGUUUUGCAGAAAUGCAUUGACCUGAUCACAGUGCUCCGACAAGGCAAGAAACCAGUCGGCUAUCGAGCACCUCUCUACCAAAUCCGAGAAACAACCGUUCGGCUUCUCCAGGACCACGACUUUCUCUAUGACAGCAGUAUGAACGCACACGAUUCUUUACCUUACUUCCUAGUGAACCCCUUUCCACAAGAGCCACCGCAUGUCCCGGAUUACAAAAAGGAUGCCAGUAGCUGGAUGGUCCCCACCCCUGUACCCGAACAGCCGCAGCCAGGAACCGCCGAAGCCGACAAGGCUCUGGUGGAGAUACCCGGAAGCUGGUAUACAGAGGACAUGACACCUCUCGGUUUUUAUCCCUACGCUGCCAAUACGCAAGGCUACGUUGGCGUAGAUCUUGUGGAAAAGAUGUGGUGGGAUAGGUUCGAGUGGCUAUGGGAAAAUGAAAGCUGGUUGGAUGAAGGGCCUGGGCAAGGUUAUGGCUCCGUAUAUCCGAUGAUCUGGCACCCCGAAAGCGCUGGUCGAGCGCAUAUUGUGGGCAUGAUUGAUCGAUUCAUCGGGAGGCUAGUGCUACGGCAACAUGCAGCAGGGGACGGCGAGAUCACAUUCGAGACGAUGGAAGAUGUCGCACAAAGCUGGAAACAGCAGCGCUCGUAG